AUGGCAGAUCUCAGCGUUUCGCUGCUGACUGUCCUUUCUCAGAUUUUAUGGGAAAGCUUGGGGAGCGAGUGGCUUGCCGGUGAUCUCUCCUGUCGGCUAGUCAAAGUUGCCCAGGUCUUCGGUCUCGCUGCAUCGUCAAACAUGGUCGUGAUCAUAGCGCUUGAGAGGCAACAAGUCAUUGCAAACCCGCUUGCAAUUCCUCUUUCUGUCACGAAAAUGUGCGCCGCUUCUUGGGUCUGCGCGGUGCUCUUCUCCUUGCCACAGGCAUUCGUAUUUAGAGAGACCAAGUUAAACUCUAGUACCCAGUGCCUCGGUAUUUUUGACAAUCUACCAAAAUGGCACUUUCAAAUGUACAUCAUCUAUGGGGCCAUGGUGGUCUUUUUUGUUCCCUUUUGUAUCUUAUGCUUUGCUUACGCCAGAAUUCUGUGCAUUAUUUGGAAUAAAGAAAAACGACCCAAACGUGAAAAGGUCGGAUCAGACAGCACCACAGCUAACACCCAGUUCCAUCUAAAUCCUGCCAAUAGCUCCCUGCCUAAAGCCAAAGUCAAAACCUUGAAGAUGACGCUGAUGAUCAUCUUGCUGUUUAUCAUCUGUGGUUUGCCCUACUUUGUGGUUGAGAUGAAGUUUGCAUUUGGAAACGUUACUGAGCUGGACGAAGAUAUCACUGCAGUACUGGGGAUAUUUGUAGUAUCCAACAGCGCAGCUAACCCCAUCAUAUACUUGUAUUUCAAUUCAAAGAAGAGUGUUAAAGCUGACGAACAAAAGGAUGGAGGCAACAAGAGAGCAACAUCUUUUAGUUUAAUGCAGAAAAACCCGGGAUAG